CGCCAAAGCGCUCUUCUCCUAUUAAAGCCAUGCCAGUGCCCACGCAUGCCCGCUCCAAGAACUCCGCGCCAAUAUCCGCGACGAGCCGCCUCAAGUCGGCGCACGCGAUGAAAGAAAAGCUCCGGGACUCAUUGAACCUCACUCUGCACCUCGCGCCACCCCUCACCGAACCUGAACCUGAACCUGACCUCGAUAAAAUGACGUUUCCGCUGCCACCAACCUCUGAUCCGCAAGAAGAGAAAGACGGAGAUCUGGGGUUGUGGACGGAGGAAGACGAGGAGAACAUGAACGUGGAUGGGGACGAGGGCGGGCACCCUCGAGCGCGCUGCAACUCUGGGGCAUCCGUGGCCACGAUUAAGGGGAGCAAACCAGGCAAGCGACUGGCCAUUAAGCCCCGCGCGGUGUCUGCUAAGAAGAAGGGCCUCAAGCGGUGCCAUUCUUCUCGGAACAUCAAACUUGAAGUGGACCUCGAGUCCGACCUCGGUGGCCACAACUCUGCUGUCAGAAAUUUGGACUCUCAAGACGGCUUUGCCGAUGUCGAAGGCAAGAGCGUGGUGUCAAGGACGCCAACGGCGGGCGACGGCGACGCGUCUGUGUGGUCUGCGAAGAGCCCGGCUAUCAAGGCGCUCAUUGCAGACGACGCGGAGGAGGCGGACCCGGGCUUCUUGACGAGGGUCUCCGGUCUGCUUAUGGGCGAUCUACAGCCGCACGAUCGUUUCGACGUGUCGAUCAAAGUGAAGGCGAAGCAUAUUGUCAUGUGGGACGUCGAUCUGGACCACACCUACGUCCUUGAAGGGCUCGUCUACGUCAAGGACGCCAAGCCGCACUCGAGCCAGUACCCACUGAAGCCCAUCAAUUCGCUCACCAUCAACUGGCGCACCGUCGAUUCCCGCCGCGGUACGCCCAGCAUCGCGGACCCCAACCUCUACGAGACGUCCUACCGCGGGGGCGCCGCCCUCAUCAAGCGCGCGCACGUCCUGGGCUCGCUGAACCCCGCGAAUGGGAUCCACACCGAUAUUGCGUGGACGUACCUCGCGCCGGGCGUCAGAGGGACCGGGCUGGGCGGCGGGUGGGCGCUGAGGUUCUGGGUGCCAGUCCCGAUGUGGUUGUUCAAGGGACGGGAGGUGGUGAGUUCGCUUGUGAAUGCAAACGUGGUUUUUGGGGAUGGAGACAGAGCGAGCUGGAAGGAGCAUUCGGGGACUGUCGAAGUGACGAUUGAGCAUUUGAGGCGUGGGCGGGAGAUGAGACAUUGAGGUCUCUGAGAGGCGAAGACACCGUAACCGGCCGGCCGCGUUGUGGUUCUAUGGAGGUAUGUAUUGACUCGCAGUGGUUCCAUGUUGUCGCAUAGAUGGACGUGUCGUGGCUAUUGGUUUUCUGUAAUGUACGUUGCCAUUUUGUAUCAGCUUUCAUGUUGUGUCUGCCCCAUCCUGUACUUAUCGCACACCGCGGCCUGUUCCAUAGCCUUGCGAUUCAGAUUGAAGUCGUGUCGCUUUCGGCGUAAAAAUGGGAGUGACGGCGGCCCCUCCAAUGAAGCAGCAUGGAAUAUGACUGUCUUGCGCUCGAGGUGGACGCCCUG